AUGGGAGACAACACUCGCUACGGCAACCCCGCCGAGUUCGAGAUCGACCUACAUUCCAUUUAUGCGGCGUACCUAGGGGACUUUGACUCGCAGAACAUUGACUGGUGGGACGCAUCAUGGGGAGGCUACUUUCGGUCGUUCAACGACUUUCUCGGGUUCGGAUGGGAGGCGAUGGUCGUCGUCGACAGCGCCACCGGAAGGGCGCACAUCGCAGCGCGGAGAGAGCAGAUUGCGCUGUUCGCCCGUAUGAUCAAAACGCGCUUUGGAGAAACGCUUGACAAGGACCCCCCGUCGAUCAUGCCGCUCGACCCAGCACCCGCCCGGUCCCGCACGUUGCAUCGUAUCAUCAACAUCACCGACUUGCAAGGCUACAAGAAGUUGUCAGGCUCGUUGGCUCCGGCAGAACUCUCACACUUGCGAGCACGCGUGCGCAUUGGCGAGCCAGGGGUUGUGACUGCGCUCUUCAACGCCGGCGCAGAGGACGAUGACUCGGCUGCGGCCGCCGGUGUACGCACCAACGGUCAGGGCUACACCUGGGCCUGCAUUAAGACGACCUGGUGGGAGAAGGGUGGGCCACCGCAGGGCUUCGUGCCAGGCCAUGGACGUACAGUCAUGGCACGGCCUGGACAAGGUGGCAAGGGCCUCAUGCUCGAGGUCGGCUUGGCUGCUCUCCGAUGCGCCAACCUCCGUGCGGUCGAUGUCUGGCCACCUGUGCCAGACAAGAAUUACCGCAAAGCGCACUAUGUCAUGGAGGAAUGGGUUGACAAGCGAACGAACACGGCGCCUCCCAACUUUCCGCGGGCGUAUGGCUUCGGGCGCAGCCAGUUCACCUCGGAGAAGAGUGUCGAGCGCAUCGUUGAGGCUUCACUGGGCGCCCUCGCAUCACAUGAUACUGACGGCGGGGCCAACACCCUCAUCCUGCUGUCGAUCGGAGAACCGCAGCCAAUCCCACUGCCGCACGCCACGACCUUCCCUCCGAACGUGCUGCAGCUCGAUGUGCUGCAACUCGAGUUCGCCCUGCUGCAGCAGGCGCAGCGUAUGGGUGUGCCGGGCGUCGGGGAGCGCAACCACCCGUUCGUGUCGCUGCGCCAGCUUCUCCAUCACUUGCAGAUUCCAGUUGCGCCCCACGCGCCACUGGGAAAUGCUGGUAACGAGGCGUUCUACACAGUGUUGGCGUUCCAGAAGCUCCUCAUGCGCGACACCCGCCUCCCGGACCAGCUGUUCCAGCAGGCUGCCUUUGCGCCUGGAUAUCCCCAGGGUGACUACUUCAUGCACCCGGGUAUGCCGGGCCCGAUGGGAGCGCCGAUGGGAGCGCCGAUGGGCGGGCCGAUGAUGGGACCUCAGUACACCGGAGCGCCCUACUCGCCGUACAGUGGCCUGCCGAUGCCACCACCCAUCCGCGCAGAUGGGGGUGCUCGCCGAGGCUCAUCCUCGUCAUUGAAUCGCAUGUCUUUACCGGCACUCGACUUUGAACCGCCGUCCUUUCCUGCCCCCCUCUCGCGCCAGGCCACCGGCGAGUCGGGCUACGGCGGGAGCAAGAGGCCACAGACCAUCGCCAUCAACUCGCCCGUUGGGGGAGUAACCACGCCGCAGGACGGCGGCAGGGAUGAGGCCACUCCCCGUGCUAAUGGCGGACGAUCCUCCACGAUGCCACGCUCUCAAACCGUGUAUUGGGACGACGCGGAAUACUCGGCCAACGAUGGGCGCGGUCGCCAGCGUGUGCCUGGCCAUGGCGAGCGGCGGGGCGGCUCAGCGCAUCCACCGCCUAGCAGCUUGAGGCACUCUCAGAUGCUCCCAACUCCGACAGGUAUGAGCAGCAACUCACGAAGCGUGUCUUUCCACGAGGAUCGCCGGCCUGCGACGGUGCAUAGCGGUGGCUCCAGCAGCGGCUCGUUCGCGAACUCGCGCUCGAAUAGCGGCACUGCCAUAGGUCCCAGCGGCCUCUCCAACAUCCACAGCAACUCGGGACCGAGCUCUGCUUCUGCUUCGGCCUCGGCCUCGUCCGGCCCGUCCGCAUCAGAUGCAAGCCUGUCCAAGCAGCGCGAUGAGAACAACCCCGACAUGAUCAAGAACAGCAGAGACAAGGAGGCCAAAAUGCGCAAGACGAAGAGCACCCACAGCGUCAAGCAGAUAUCCUCUGCUCUCCAGAAGUUCUGGGUCGACUAA